AUGAAGCAGAAGACGUGCGAGCUCUGCUGCGGCGAGGCGGCGGUGUUCUGCGAGGCAGACGCGGCCUUUCUCUGCUGGACCUGCGACGCGUCGGUCCACGGUGCGAACUUCCUGGUCGCUCGCCACCUCCGCCGGGUUGCCUGCGCGAGCUGCGACGCCCUCUGCCCCGCCAACCACGUCCUCGAUCGCGCGCGGCGCCUCUGCGCUUCAUGCUCCCCCGACCAGGACCACUCCGACGCGUCCUCGUCCUGCUUAUCUACUUCCGAGUCUUCCGCCGCGACGGCGCCGCCUCGCCGGUCGCCCGCGGCGGUGGCGAAGAGGCGGCUCGGAGAGGCGGAGGCAGUCCUGCUCACUUGGAGCCGACGGAUGGGGCUGCGAAACGUCCGGCGCUGCUCCGAAGCGGCGGCCCGGAUGGCCGCCGAGUGCAGCAGAACGAAAGCGACACUGCCUCUUAAAGUGGCCCUCGCGGCCGCGCUGUGGUCGUCCAUCAAGCGAUUCGAGAUCGAGGCGACGGAGGCAAAGUCGAAGGCCGGAGCAGAGGCGCUCCGAGGGCUGGAGGCGAGCUCCGGCGUGCCCGCGAGACUGAUUGUGACCGCCGAGUGGAGGAUCGCCCGGCGAGUUCGAGUCGCGGACGCGGAGGAGGGCUGGGCCGAGUGCGCGUAG